CUCUCUCUUUGUGAGCUUGAACUUGAUAACAUCAUUCUUGCCCAUCCACAUGAAUAGCGAGAUGGCUAUCUCAGUUGAAUCCAGCAUAAAUACUGCAUGUGCAGGUGUUACAGUUUUGCUUGUAGAUGGUGAUUCAACCUGUCUUACUAUCGUAUCAAAAAUGCUUCGCAGGCUUGGGUAUGAAGUCAUGACUGCUAAACGAGCAACCGAGGCAUUUUGCAUCAUACAAGAGAGGCAGUACGAAAUUGACCUUAUCCUUGCAGAAGGCUGCCUGCCUGAUAUGGAUAAAUAUGAGCUACUUGAGACAAUGAGGAAAAUUUCUAAGCUUCCUGUUGUUCUCAUGUCUAUCGAUUACAAUGGGAAAGCCGUACUAGGUAGCCUCUUUAAAGGAGCUGUAUUAUACCUUGUCAAACCAAUCGCCAUGGAUGAUCUUAAAAACCUAUGGCAGUUUGCAUUUAUUAAGGAAAGUAAAAAUGUGGUAGCUGCAGAAGAGAUAUUUGGUUUUGAGGAGGAAUUAUCACUGGAGAAUGCAUCAGAUGUGACUGUAGAGUCUCAACCACUUAUAGGUGAAGGAGGGCAGAAUUACCAAAAUGAAAAAAGAGAAAGAUCAGAUGAUAUGGAAAAUAAUGAGGAAGAUAAUGAUGAUUCAGUAGCUCUAAAGAAGCCAAAGCUAAUUUGGACUAAUGAGCUACAUAAUAGAUUCUUGGAAGCUAUCAAAGUACUUGGUAUUGAUGGAGCUCAUCCAAAGAAAAUACUUCAGCAUAUGAAUGUCCCUGGACUAAAGAAAGAAAAUGUUUCAAGCCAUUUACAGAAAUAUCGUCUCUCCUUGAAACGGGAACAAUAUGCAAUUCAGAAGACCAUGAGCAGAGGUUCCGCUGUAGAACAUGUUGUAUCCCAUCAUCUUUCGUCUCCAUUCAGUCCACAAGAAGGGUCUGUUAAAUUUGAAAAUUGGCAAUCCAUGGCAGUAGCAGACCAACCAGAUACCAAUGGCCUAAUUCAGGAGAAUCUUAAUGGACACAUGCCUAUUCCUUCCCUUUGUUCUGCAUAUCUUCUUAAGCAUGCAAAUUCAAAUUGUAAUGAUGAAUUGAUGAUUAAAUUUGAGCAACAGACUCCAUGCAACAAACAGCUAGAUUCUGCUCAUUCUGAAUUUAAUCUGACUGGUGACAGGGUCACCGUUAAUGAUGGACUGGUUGGUUUUCAUCAGAUAGGGAAUUCAGAACAAUUUCUGAAGGGAGGAACUGAUCUUUUGAACAUUGGAGAUUCUGGGCUGGAAAGUUUAUUACAUUGCCCAAAACCAUUUGAUGGUUCUUUGCAAGAAAAACAACAGAAACAACUAAAAUUUCUGCUUCCAGAGCCAUCACAACUGCCUCCUCACCCACAGGAGCAAGAGGAACAUGAUGUUUUUGGGGCUGAAAGAGGAAGAGAAUUCAAUGAGGUGUUUACCAUGGGAAAAAGAAAAAGUCAACUAUCCUAUGAUGAGGAUUCUGAUGAUUUCUGGUAGAUCAAUCAGUUUCAUGUCCGGGUAUAUAGCCUGGUGUGUUUUUAACCUUUAAAGCUUUGGUGCUUCACCCUCCCUCCCUUUUUUCCCUUUGAAUGCUUUAGUUUUUGGUGCAUAACGCCUGCAGCGGCAGGUUAAUUGAUGACAUCAAUGCUUAGUACAAUAUGUAAAGCAACAUUCCUGGAAUAUGAAUCCAGCCUCAGAUGAACAUUUUAGAAGCUAAGGAGCAGUAUUUUGGUACCAUAAUUGGCUUUCAAUAUGAUAAAUGCAGGACGGAUUUUAUAGCUAGUAGUUCAAAUAAAGUAUUUGGGUUUUAUUGCUGUUAAUUUUGUUGCUCUUUCUUGAUUGCAUUGGAAAAUACACAUUGAUUAAAGAGUUUAUAUAUUAUUCGAAUGAUAUGGUUUA